CGCAAUGAAUGCCAAUUAGUGGUGACCUCUACCGGCAAACCCGACUGUAUGUGUGAAUCACAUGUGAAUUGUUUUGACAAAAAUUUCUCGGAUUUAAUCGUCGAUUAAAUUAACGUUUAAUUAAAAUCCGACACAAAAGCCAUACGACGAGGGAAUGGCUGCACAGGUGUUGAACACGAUUGGGAAGAUAGGGGUGGGUCUGGCCAUCGGGGCGUCCGUUGUCAACACCGCUCUCUAUAAUGUGGACGGGGGGUCGAGGGCUGUCAUCUUUGACCGGUUCACUGGUGUGAAGCCCAAUGUGGUCGGGGAGGGCACACACUUCCUCAUACCACUGGUCCAGAGGGCCAUCAUAUACGACAUCCGGUCCCGUCCUCGCAAUGUGCCCGUCAUUACCGGCAGUAAAGGUAUUGUAGGCGACGAGUGUCUCAGCGAUGACCUCCAGAACGUUCAGAUCACGCUUCGGGUGCUCUUCCGACCCAUACCUAAAGAGUUGCCCCAUAUUUACGCCACUUUGGGUGAGGACUACGACGAGAGGGUAUUGCCAUCGAUUACCAAUGAAGUGCUCAAAGCAGUUGUGGCCCAGUUCGAUGCCGGGGAACUUAUAACACAGCGAGAGAUUGUCUCUCAACGAGUGUCCGAAGAGUUGACGGAAAGGGCCACUCAGUUUGGACUCAUUUUGGAUGAUAUAUCUCUCACACAUCUGACUUUUGGCAAAGAGUUUACGGCUGCCGUUGAGUUGAAACAAGUGGCACAACAGGAGGCAGAAAGGGCUCGCUUUUUGGUGGAGAAGGCAGAGCAGCAUAAGAAGGCGUCGAUCAUCUCGGCUGAGGGCGACUCACAGGCGGCCGGACUGCUCGCCAAAGCCUUCGAAGCGGGCGAAGCCUUAGUCGAGUUGAGACGUCUGGAGGCGGCCGAAGACAUCGCUCUACAACUGUCGCGAUCGCGAAAUGUGGUCUAUUUGCCGGCCAAUCAGAGCACUCUCAUCAGCUUACCUCAAAUGUAGCGCUAAUUCACAAGUUUAUGUAGUUUUAUGUCUCAAAAACCCUUUUUUACGAUACUAUAUGUCUAUUGUGUUAGAAAAUUAUGUAAUUUUUUGUUGAAAUAAAUAUUCAAACAAUUCU